ACGUUGGCCUCGCCGAAUAUUCUGGGCAAAUGAUACAACCUAUCUUUAGAAAACCGCUUCCGCUUUCGCGAUAUGCCUGAGGGACCGACCUCAUUCAUUCUUGAGAUAAAGUGAAAACGAUUGAUUGUACUACAAUGCAGACACUCACUCCUCAUGUUUACUGGGCUCAGCGACACGGAGAAAUCUACCUGCGAGUGGAGUUGAGCGAUGCUCAGAAUCUCACCAUCAGAGUUGAAGAGAACACCCUCACCUUCAGGGGCCAGGGGCAUGGAGCCAAAGGAGAGAAUGAUUACGAGUUCAGCCUGGAGUUCCUGAAACCUGUAAAGCCAGAGGUGUCCCACAGAUCCACCCAGAGGCAGGUGAACAUCACAGUGAGGAAACAGGAGCACGACUGGUGGGACCGCCUGACCAAUCUCCGUCUCUUUCUACUCCUGCCUUUCUUUCUGACAGAUUCCUUUUAUGAUACCUUCCACACCAUCGCUGACAUGAUGUUCUUCUGCCAGCUCCUGGCCGUGUUGGAGGUGAUGAACCCAGCCGUGGGGCUGGUCAAGACUGGCAUUGUUCCUCCCAUGAUUCAGGUGUUUGGGAGGAACUUCAUCCUCUUUAUCAUCUUGGGGUCUCUGGAUGACAUGCAGAACAAGCCCGUGGUGUUCUUCGUCUUCUACCUGUGGAGCUCCAUUGAGAUUGUCAGGUAUCCGUUCUACAUGCUGGCGUGCAUCGACACCAAGUGGAAGCUACUCACCUGGCUCCGAUACACCAUCUGGAUCCCUUUGUAUCCACUGGGGGUGAUCGCAGAGGCGGUGGCCGUUAUCCAGUCCAUGCCCAUCUUUGAUGAGACCAAGCUGCUGAGUAUCCCACUGCCCAAAGGCCUGGGCUCCAGGCUGAGCUUCUCCUACGUUCUGCACCUCUACCUGGUGCUCAUGUUCUUAGGACUCUUCCUCAACUUCCGCCACUUGUACAAGCAGAGGAGAAAGCAGCUGCGCACCAAGAAGAGGAAACCGUACUGAGCGCUCCAGACAUAAAGAGCUCCAACACUGUACUUCCAUCAUCCAUCCACCUCUCCUUCCUCCCUCCCCAUUCCGUCCAUUAUGACAUCACCUGCACGCCCCCCACCCCACAUCUCUCUCUGAGGGACCAGUACUCUAAACGUACCUCGCUACCCAGCCCAAAACAAACCAACAGAAGUGCAUUAUGAUUGGUUUUAAUCCAGAUACAGUUCUCUUAAGCUUCAAAACCUAUUCACUUCCAACACAAACCACACACACACAAAAACACAGUGGAAAUGAGGACAGAAAAAAACACCCAAAACAUCACAUACUUGAACAGGAGGACAAGCCUGGCACAGGAAAUGUACACCUGAACAGUGUGGUGUGUGAGAACCUCAGCUGGCGGGGCGGGGUUGGUCAGAGAUGAGAACCGGAGCGGUCAUAUUUACUUCUCCUACUGUCCAGCGAGCCGACCCACCGAGAAGAGGAGAGCUGGAACCUCAGGGAAAGUGGCAGUGAAGGAGUUUGCAGAAAGCCCACUCUGAAGCAAUGUUUUGUUUAUUUACCAUAACAGAUGUUUGAUGUGUCUAGAUGUUGCUGAAGAACAUAAUGCUAAUAAUAACUUGGUUUCAAAUAAAUAUUUAAAGCAAGUA